AUGGUGAGCAAUACUCAUAGGAUCGAAGAGCUUGAGAAGCGAAUGGGGGAAUUAGAUGGCAUGGACGAGAGGGUCAGGGAUCUAUCCUCUUCUAGCCGUAAUUCAGGUUCGUCCGACACAAGCAAUCACAUAGCCACGCUAGAAAAGGAAAACGGCAUUCUGCUAGCCCGAAUAAUUGCGUUGGAGAAAAUAAACACUCCGACAAGUACAUCAUAUACCCCUCGGUGGGACAAGCGUAUUGCGGCGGUGGAGCGCAUGCCGAAGGACCAACAAGACUCCAUAAAUGACAUCAUAGAGGACUGCGAGGAGUCAAUUGGAGCACUCAGAGAGAAGAUGACUGAACUAUCUGCAAAGGAGAGCAGUCUGCUGAAGAGGACUACCCCUCCAACAAGCUCAAGUAGCGCUGGGAGUAAGAAGUAUGGGAAGUCGUGGCAGAGUAAGAGUGGGGGAGAGAGGAGGACAACGAAGUCUAGUUCUUCUAAUGGGACAGAUACUCCCGCAGGGAAGAAGCCACUAGCUUGUUGGAUCUGUAAAGGACCACAUAAAUCGGCAGUUUGCCUUUACUGGGGCAAGUUGAAUGCCCUCAUUGGCCAAGAGGAACAACACGAUGGAGAAGAGGAGGAUGAAGAGUACGCGCACAUGGGUGAUGUCCACCUGUUGAAUGCUCUCAAGAAGCAUGGAACAAAAGGGAAGAAGGCCCUGGGGAAGGGACUGAUGUUCGUGAACUCCACCAUCAACAACAAGUCGGCCAAGAGUGUGAUGAUUGAUACUAGCGCCACACACAACUUCAUCUCGGAGCUCGAAGCCAAACGACUGGGACUAAAGCUGGAGAAAGAUGCGGGCCACAUAAAGGUGGUCAACUCAAAGGCCUUGGCCACAAAAGGAGUGGCUAAAGGCAAAGGUGCCAUCCCGAUUCCUGCUACUGGGAGUUUGCUCAUAAUGGGAGAUACUCCUUCAAUGGUGCCUACAAAGAUGAUACCACCCCCUGGUGUGAAGUUUCUAUCAGCUUUGCAGUUUAAGAAGGGUGUGAAGAAACGGGAGCCCACUUAUGUAGCGGUACUCGCCUUGUUCGAAGAAACAGUGGAAGAGAUUGUUCCAUUAGAAAUUAAGAGAGUCUUGAAGACAUAUGGGGAUGAGAGCAUCAAGUUCCUAGACCAUGUUGUGGAACGUGGCCAAAUUCGUAUGGACCUGGAAAAGGUGAGGGCAAUCCAAGAGUGGAAAACCCCCACAAACAUUAAAGAACUACGCUCUUUCAUGGGCCUAGCCAACAACUAUAGACAAUUUGUGGACGACUACUCAAGAGGAGCGACUCCCUUGGCCAAGCUGUUGAAAAAUGGUACGAAUGCGUCCGAUUAUGCUUUGGGAGGGGUACUGGUACAAGAAGAUCACUCGGUAGCAAAUGAGAGUUGCAAGCUGUCUGAAGCUAAGAGGCGAUAUACUGUCCAGGAGAAGGAACUCCUCGAUGUUACCCAUUGCUUGCGGGUGUGGAGACAUUACUUGCUGGGGUCGAAGUUUGUGGUGAAGACGGACAAUGUAGCGCGCAUCAAAGAAAACUUGGAGAAAGACCCUGUUGUCAGAACCAUCCUAAAGCUCUUGAAAAAAGGCAAGACUCGCCAUUUCUGGGUGGAGAAUGAUCUUCUGUGGGCCAAAGGGGGCCGCUUGUAUGUUCUGAAAGCUGGAGAUUUGCAGAAGACAUUACUAAGUGAGUGUCAUGACACAUUGUGGGCGGGUCAUCCAGGGUGGAAGAGGACGCAUGCCCUUUUGAAGCAGGGAUACUACUGGCCACAGAUGUGA